AUGGAGGAAGAUAACCAUGCUCUAUUUUCAUGGAAAGGGAAGAACAAGGAUCAUAGUUGCUCUGAAAUUUCACAUGAGAACAGCAACAUGACCAACCAAAGUGGAGAUGUUUCACCUGGAACACGCUUACGCAUCAAGAUCAAAGGUCCUACGGCUCCUACUAUAGCAGCCAAUGCCAUUAACAACAACAUUGAGCAACAACCUUACUUGUGCCAUAUCUGCAACAAAGGCUUUAUCUCUGUUAAUGCUCUCAGUGGACACAUGAGAGUGCACUCCCUCUCCAAAAGGAAUAAGGAUCACAACAACAACUGCAGUAGCAAACACACUUGUUCCCUUUGCAGAAAAACCUUCCCUUCCAACAAGUCUUUGUGCGGUCACAUGAGGGUUCAUUCAGCUCAAAGUGUCAGGAAAUCAGGAAUUGAAUCUCCUUUGAGAUGGCCUGUGUCUCGUAAAAGAAGCCCCAGAUUCAGCAGAAGCAGCUUAUCCAGCUUCAAAGAAAAUUCUUGUUUGGAAUCAAAAGGGUUUGAAGAAGUUGAUCCUCUUAUGCAAGAAGCCGCAUAUACACUCGUGUUGAUGUCAAAGGGGAAAGUUUGA